AAUAAUAAAGAAUUGGUUGUACAAAGUGAUAAUCGUGAUAUACUUGACAGCAUAGCGAAAAACUUAAAUUUGAAAAUACCAUUGGUGCAAUUAAACAAAGAUAUUGUCGAUAAUGUUGAUACACCUAAACAUAUUUUUGGAAUGACAAAUAAUUUACAAAUAUUUUCUAUUGAAGAUAUAAUUAAGCAAUCUGAGAGAAAUAUUAAUAACAGUUUUAAUCUAGAUUGUAAUGUAAAUCCAAUAAUUUCAUUUUCGUUAGAAGAAUUGAAUGAUACAGAUGUAGUAAAUAUUGAUUUAAGUCAAGAUAUAGAAAGAGAAAACAUAAGUAAUAAUAUUGUAUCUGAUAAGUAUUACAGUAUUAAUACUAAUAAUAGUACAGGAAAUAAAGAUAAUAAUUACCAAAAUAAUAACAGCACUGACAAUAUAAAAUUACAUGAAGAUGUUAAUAUGGACUCAGAACUACUCUGUAUAGAUAACUUUGUCAGUAACGAUAAUACAAAUGAGGAUUCUAAUAAUUGCUAUAAUGAAAAUUUGGAAGAAGAAGAUAAUAUUCUUACGCAAUCAUCUUUGACAGAAUCUAAUAAUACUAUACAGAAUAGCCUAGAGACUUGGUUAAAUGUUUCUCAACAGAAAAUUUGUGAUGAUACAAAUUUACAUGUUGACUAUUCAAAAUCUUACUCAGAGAAACGAAAUUUUUGUUGUUAUUGUAAGAAAAUGCAAUCAAAGAUAAGCAGACAUCUCGAAAACAUACAUAAAAAAUGAAGAAGAAGUAAAAAAAAUUUGCUUCAUUACCAAAAGGUAAUAAAGAGAGACAGAAAAUUAUUGAGAAUCUUAGACGGAAAGGUAAUUUCAUAUUCAAUACCGAUCCUGCAUACAAUACAGGAAAAUUAAUAGUUUGUAGACGACCGACAGAAUCUACGAAAAAGACUGCAUGUGAUUUUAUAUGUUGUCCUGGAUGUAAAGGCUUUUUCACUAAAAAUAAUUUACGUCAUCAUUUUAAAACAUGUGUACAAAAGAGAGUUGGUCGAUCAGCCCAAAUACUUGGAAGAAAGAUUCAAGGUCGAAUUCACGAAUGUGCAAAUUCGACUUUAAGAAAUAUAGUAUUUCCAACAUUAAGGGAAGAUGACAUAACCAGAUUAAUUAGAUAUGAUGGACUACUAAUCACUUAUGCAAAUAAAUUAUGUAUAAAAUACAAACAACCUCAACAAAACAACAUUAUUUUGAUACGAUCUCGCUUAAGGCUACUAGGACGAUUUUUACAGGCUCUUCGAAAAAUUAAUAAAAAUGUGACGGAUUUCUUCAGUCUUUAUCAUCCAUCGGUAUAUGAUGAUUGUAUCACCACUAUAAAUAAAAUGGCAGACUUCAAUAAAAGUGCAAAAAUUUAUGCAACUCCUUCUGUUGCAUCAUUACUUGGUAUACUUUUAAAACAAAUAGGGAAUCUAAGUAUCACUGAAUGCA